UGAGAUGGCAAGUUCAUGGUUAUCUUCAUCUUUCUUGGUGUUCUUCAUAGCCAGUUUUUUGUCCCUGCAAUGUUGCAGAUGUGAUGAUCUUAAGCCACCGCCAAAACAUGUAGCUUUCUUCAUCUUUGGGGAUUCCCUUUUUGAUGUUGGAAACAAUAACUACAUCAACACCACUACCAGUUUUCAAGCAAAUUUCUUGCCAUAUGGAGAAACCUUCUUCAAAUUCCCAACUGGGCGAUUUUCUGAUGGCAGAUUGAUUCCUGAUUUCAUUGCUAAAUAUGGUAACUUGCCAUUAAUCCGUCCAUAUCUUAAUCCCAAGAAUAAAUUUUACCUUCAUGGAGUGAACUUCGCAUCAGCAGGAGCAGAUGCUUUAGUUGACACCCAUCAAGGAUUUGUAAUUGACCUGAAAACCCAGUUGAGUUACUUCAACAAAGUGGCAAAGGUUUUAAAGGAGGAGCUUGGACAUGCAGAAGCAAAGGCAUUACUAUCAAGAGCUGUCUAUUUUAUCAGCAUUGGAAGCAACGAUUAUCCUUUCACUACAAAUUCCAGCCUCUUCCGAUCCCACUCUCCACAACAAUAUGUUGACUUGGUCAUUGGAAACUUAACCACUGUCAUUAAAGGAAUCCAUAAGAAUGGAGGAAGAAAAUUUGCAUUUCUUGGUGUUGGGCCUAUAGGUUGUGUGCCCACAGUGAAGGCAACUCUAUUACAAGGCAAAGAUGAAUGCUUGGAAGAGAUCACACAACUUGUAAAACUACACAACAAUCAUCUUUCCAAAACUCUCCUACAGCUUGGAAAGAAGCUUGAAGGAUUUGUUUAUUCUUAUGCUGAUUUUUACGCCAUUGCCAUUGAAGUAACAAACAACCCUGCUAAAUAUGAUUUCAAGGAAGGAAAGGUGGCAUGUUGUGGAAGUGGACCAUUUAGAGGAUACAGUAGCUGUGGAGGAAGGAACGGACAAGAGUAUGAGUUGUGUGGGAACCCCAGUGAGUACUUGUUUUUUGAUGGCAGCCAUCCCUCUGAAAAGGCCAACCAAUUGUUUGCUCAGUUUCUAUGGAAUGGGAGUUCUGAGAUCAUCAGGCCUUACAAUCUUAAUGUUCUGUUUCAUCUCUAAGUUUGUGAACUCAUUCCCAUCUACUCCAUUGUUACAUGUUUCUCAAUAAUGAAAUAAGUGUGGUUUAUUCUUA